CACCUCUAGCUUGGUGUUUGGAUUGUUUUACAAUUUUUUCGCCGUGGUUUUCGCUUGUGUUUGGAUUGUUUGUGCUAAAGCAAUUAGUUAAUCGCUUCUCAACUACCUCAAAAAUGUGUAAAAGAGAAUCGGCAAAUGUUUGCCAGUGCAAUGGAAAUGUAGAGAGUGCAAAAUGUGUGUUUAAUUGUCCUGUGGAUAUGACAGCGUGUGUAUGUGCCUGGGUGCUAGCGUGUGUGUAUUGCGUGUGCGUGCAGCGAGCACAAAGUGUCAGUUGUUGUUGUUUUAUGUGGCAUCAAGUAACAGCAAAAAGUUACAAAAAUGAGCUGAAAAUGAAAGUUAAAGAUGAAAUGUUCUGAUCCACACAUUUUACCCCGUGUCCCGCAUACUUUGGUGAUGCUUAAAAUAUGGCGGGACACCAGAUGCACCAGCCACGAUGGGCCAGUAUGUGGCGGAGCUGCAGAAGGGCACCUGGAUUGAGAAGAUACCAUACUUCUUUAUGCGCAACCAGAAGCAGGGCUACAAUCUCGUCUUCAACGGGUACAUGUACAAGAAGGAGGCCAGCUUCAAGUACAGCGUCAAUUGGAUAUGCUCCGACGGCAAUGGGAAGCGGCUGAACGAGAAUAAGUGCGCGGCCCGGGCCAUAACCAAGACGGAGGGUGGCAUUAAGCUGGGCAGGAAUGACCAUAACCAUCCGCCCCGCUUCACUGGCAACAAUGUGCCCGCCAAGCUCAUUUUUCAGGGCAACUUUUCGACGCAAUAUUAAAGAGAGAUUCAACAAAAACAGAACAAAUCGAUAUUUGUAGAUUUUUAGCUGUGUUGUAGUUGUCCUAGCCUAAGCUCCCAUCUCAUAAUCCCAACUCAUCCUUCACCCUCUCCAUCUGAAUCUCCAAUCAUUUCCCAGUAGCAGGAGCAUCAACUGCAUCGUCCGCUUCGUCCGCAUCGUCCGCUCAGGACGCAGUUAAGUUCAAGCGAACGUCCUCGGGCGAAUUUCUGAUGAUAAGCGGACGCUCGUACAAGAAAACCCGCGCCAUGCAGUACCGCACCUACUACCAUUGCCUGACGCCCAACUGCAAGGCGCACUAUGUCCUGGUGGAGCUCAGCCGCAAGCCGCGCCUUACCAAGCACAACUUACAUGCCGCGCACUGCAGUGGCUAGUGUUACAAGGAUCUGAAUGUAUAAUAUAGCCCUAGCCCUAUUUCCACCAUACACCAUAGACCUAGACCUAGCCCUAGAUUUAACUGCAACCCAUUGUUAGACAGUAAACUUAUUGCCCAAAUGUAAACCAAACAAUUGACAAAUCAAGCCCACAAGUGUUUUAUUUCCCAUUGGAGAGGAGAGGGGCGGCUGCGAUCCGAAUCCGACCCCACAAAAGCCAGCAGUCAGACAACUAACUCGCGCACCUCC